CAAAAAUGCCGACGUGUUCAGAGGAGCGGAAGUAGUCACAUUUCACUGAGAACCGUAAAGUGCGGCUGUCUGUCUCCCUUUCCGGAUAACGACAACAGCCCUUGACUGCCAGUGCCAGCCUUCCUCGUGUGAAGGGACCUGCCGGACCCUUGCUAAUUCAAUUUUUCCCCCAUUCCGGGCCCUCCCCUAUCGUCGCCCCCUUCACCUUGGAUCAUGUUCAAGAAAUUUGAUGAAAAAGAAAACGUGUCUAACUGCAUCCAGUUGAAAACCUCAGUUAUAAAGGGUAUUAAGAACCAGUUGAUAGAGCAAUUUCCAGGUAUUGAACCAUGGCUUAAUCAAAUCAUGCCUAAGAAAGAUCCUGUCAAAAUGGUUCGAUGCCAUGAACAUAUAGAAAUCCUUACAGUAAAUGGAGAAUUACUGUUUUUUAGACAAAGAGAAGGGCCUUUUUAUCCAACCCUAAGGUCACUUCACAAAUAUCCUUUUAUCCUGCCACACCAGCAGGUUGAUAAAGGAGCCAUCAAAUUUGUUCUCAGUGGAGCAAAUAUCAUGUGUCCAGGCUUAACUUCUCCUGGAGCUCAACUUUACCCUGCUGCAGUAGAUACAGUUGUUGCAAUCAUGGCAGAAGGAAAACAGCAUGCUCUGUGUGUUGGAGUCAUGAAGAUGUCUGCAGAAGAUAUUGAGAAAGUCAACAAAGGAAUUGGCAUUGAAAAUAUCCAUUAUUUAAAUGAUGGGCUGUGGCAUAUGAAGACAUAUAAAUGAGCCUCAGAAAGAAUGCACAUGGCUAAAUAUGGAUAUUGUGCUGUAUCUGUGUUUGUGUCUGUGUGUGACAGCACGAAGACAGUACCUCUGUGGUUAUGCUGAAUAAAUUCAACAGAUGCUAAAAUUCUGUUAGCUUCAAAAAUUAUUUUAAUUUUUCUUAAAGUCCAGUUAAAAUUGGGUAGCAAACUUGGACAUUAAGAGGUAUCUGGUAAGUAAUCAAACUCAGACAACUUAAUGUCCUUUCUUAUGCCAAUAAUGUAAAAUUGAAGGGCAGGACUUGGUACAUGAACUUGCCGACCUCCCAGAGAAUCUGGCUACUUAAUGGGGCUGGAAGCUGGACUGGGAAUUUUCUCCUAUUACCCUAGAAAUGCCUCUUCUCUUUUGUUUGUGUUUUUUGUUUGUUUGGUUGUCAUUUUUAAACUUUUCAUUAUGGAAAAUUCCAAGCAUAUAUAAAAGUACGUGGGGAAUAGUAGUAUAAUGGACCUUUUCUGUAUCCACCACCCAGCUUCAAUUCAUGGCAAAUCUUACUUCAUCUUUAUCUCAUUUACUCCUUCCCCACCCCACUCCCUGAUUAUUUUGAAGCAAAUCCCAGAUAUCUCAUUUUAUCCACAGUAACUUAAAUAUGUAUCUUUAAAAGCUAAAUUUUUUUAAAAACAUCAUUACACCUAAAAUAUCGUUAUCACACCCCAAAAAAGAACUAUUUCUUAAUAUGAUCAAAUAUCUUGUUUAAAUAUGUGACAAAUGAACUUGAUUGCCUCUCUUUUUCAUUUUUUUAACCAUUGGUUUGCUUGAAAUUGGUACCAGACAAGGUCCAUAUAUUGCAUUUAGUUGUUAUUUAUUUAAGUCUCUUAAUCUAGAAGGUCUCCCUUUGUAUUUUCCCUUUAAAUUAAUUAUUGAAGGAAUCUGGUUGUUUUGUCUUACAGAGUUUUCUCCCACAUUCUGGAUUUUGUUGAUUGUAUCGCUGUAAAGUAAUUUAACUUGUUUUUAUGUCCCCUGUAUGACCUGUACACAGAUAGGCUUGAAGAGAUUCAGGUUCAAUUUAUUUAGCGCCCUGGCCUGAAGCUGGGUAAACUCAUACUACACAGAUGCCCAGAACUUCCAGAUUUGGGUCCUUACUGUAUUCCCCCAAAGAGCGUGUAUGUCCUAUCCUAAGUGGCAUAUGAAGGCCAUGGACUUAUUUCAGUAAGAACAGUAAGCUCUUUUGGGAGUUAAAGGAGCAGUUAUGAAUUUACAUAGUGACAAUAGGCAUUUCUUCCUAAUAACCUCGCUGUUCUAGUGUCUCAGCCAUUUUCAUUUGGUUGUUUAGAAAUAUGUGACAUGUGGUUUUAUUUUUCAGAUGGAUACAGACAUUUACAAGAUUGUGGUGACCUGUGUUACAGUUAGAAGUUGGUGAGAAAGGUUCCUUAAUUUUGAGAAUAUGUCUCUCAAGGCUCUUCAGGAGACUCAAAAUGUUCCAAUUUCUAAAGGAGUAUCCACUAAACCUGAUUUAUAAUGAAAGGAAAAAAAUGAAAAUGCAUGCAUCCUGUGUCACUAUAACCAUCACUUCUGAGGCCUCAAGCAAUCAGAAGCUUACUCAAGCUAUAACCUGUAAGAAUUAGGCCACUGAAAUAUAUUUGGAAAGCCCUUCAGAACACUUGUGUUUAGUAUGUUGUUAAUUGUAUUUAGAUUAAAUAUAAUUGUAUUCUUAAUAUCUCAGUCUCUCAGCAACAGUUCCUAAAGAAAUCCUGUCUUUCAACAUGGAGACUGAUGCGUGUAAAUGUAUAUUUUGCAUUAUGUUUUUAUACUUUUGUAUGUAUACUUUAUUAUGCUUUUUGUAGCAGGUAAAAGAAUGACUACCUAUAAUGAACUAUAACACUACUUUGUUUCAUAUUAUAUUAAAACUAAUUAAGUACUUGUAAAGGACUGGAACUCCAUCAGAACAGGAAUGAAUGACUGUGAUUGAGAACCAGUUUUUAAAUCUAUAUUGACACUAUUAGACAGGUAGGUUGGUUGGGUUGAUUGGUUGAUUGGUUUAAAAGGUUGGCCUCUUGGAGAAUAUAAUUUAUGUAUGGAUAAAUAUACAGGAGAUGAUUUGCUGGAAUUCUCCUGGUAAUAUCAUGUUCAUUAGAACAGGUCAUGGGGAGGAAAAAUAGAUGAAAACAUCCAAACUAAUUAGUACUAUUAAUAUUUGCCUCUUGGAGUGAAAAAUGAAAGGACACCAAAUUUUAUCCUUGAAUACUUUGAGAAAUAAAAGAUUAAUUAGUGAAAUAAUUUCUAAUUAAGGGGUGCCUGGGUGGCUUAGUCAGUUGGGCGUCUGACUCUUGAUUUUGGCUCAGGUCAUGGUCCCAGGGUCAUGUGAUUGAGCCCUACGUUGGGCUCUGUGCUGAGCAUGGAGCCUGCUUAAGAUUUUUUGUCUCUCUCUCUCCCCCCCCACCCCCCGCCUCCCCCUCUCUCUCUCUCUCUCUCUUCCCCUUCCCCACUCACGUGUGUGCACUCUCUAAAAUUAAAAAAUUUUUUUUCUAAUUAAAACCCCAGUUGUUGGGGCGCCUGGGUGGCUCAGUCGGUUAAGCGUCUGACUUCAGCUCAGGUCAUGAUCUCAUGGUUUGUGAGUUCAAGCCCCACAUCAGGCGCUGUGCUGACAGCUCAGAGCCUGGAGCCUGCUUCAGAUUCUGUCUCAUUCUCUCUGCCCCUCCCCGACUUGUGCCCUGUCUCUAUCAAAAAUAAAUAAAUGUAAAAACAAACAAACAAACAAACAAAAAAACCCAGUUGUUAAAGAAUGACAUGCCUCACUCUAAUUAAAUGGGUUAUCCUAUACAUUUUAAAAUUUCAUUUUAAAAGUAAAACAAAUCACGAUUUCUACAUCAUAUUUUUUAUUGCUCUUCUUGUUCCAUUCUUCAAUUUUAAAGUACUUUAAUUUCAGCCAAUAUGUAAUAGAGGGGACUUUUGGGGUAUAAUCAUUCACUCCCUUCAGGUUCAUUGUAAGUGUUCCCAGAACUCUGUCAUAGGAAGAAAUAACUCUAAAUUGAAAAGUUACAAAGAUUAAUUUUCUUUCCUUCUAAUUUUAAUGUUUUAUCACAGGACUUGAUUGUGAGUGAUAACUAUGAACUUUCAUUUAAUCUCCUAUGAUGAAAUAAGUAAUUUCUUCUGACUGUCACAAGCAUAUGAGCAAAAGACCGUUUUAAGCAAUAAAUCAUGUAAGCGCUUGCUUGGAGGAAGUUCCAUUUCUCCAAACAUACUCCUUGAAAACAAAUCAAAUUCAGUUCCCUUUUUGCCUCAGGGAAAGCCAUACUGGGGAGACUUUUGAGGUCGGGCAAUCCGUUUUUAUUCUUUCCACUUUUCUAUUUCAAAAGGAGACUUUCUGUCUUUGUCGCCAAAUGCUGGGGUUGUCCUAGGCUGAUGCAUGAUAAAGCCCCCCCAGGCUUGGAAAUUUGCAAACCAGUGAGAUGAUUUUGUGAUGAAACUGCAUGUUGGAUUGAUACUACCUGUGAUUGAGCUUAAAUUUGAGACAACUUUUAAAAGGAGCUGUGCACUUUCUAUCAGGGCUUGAAAUGUCUGUUUCUACACACUGAUGUCUUAAUAAUUUUUAGUUUCUCAUGAUCUGAUUUUGUAUGCACUUCUUGGUCUGGGUACUGUUUUCAUCAGGUCAAAAGCUGCCCCAUUCAGAAUUCACUUUGUAAAGCCAAACUUCACUGUUCAUUUAAACAUCUGGACUAGGUUGGACAGGAUGAGGAGGAUGGGAGGAGAGUCCUUUUUGCCCUGUAGGCUCUGGAAGGUUUCUUAGAGAGUUGGUUUAUCUAGGAUUAGGAAAAAGUAUGCUUUUGCAUGACUAAGAUCUUUCUGAAGUUUGCUUGUGUAAGCAUUUUAGAUUUCAGAAAGUUCAGCCUGAAAUGUAUGUGAAUAUAGAGUAGAAACAGUUUCAUUUAGUGGGAUAAUGGCUGUCUCUAACUCAUCAAAUUAAUUUCUCCUAAAUAGCUUUCAAAAAGCCCAGGAUUAGAAAAUAUUUGUCAAUGGCAGUGCUUUAUUCUGUUUUAAAAAUAGUAGGUCUAAAAUCUAGUAAAAUGUGGAUACUUAGCCCUGUACUUAUUUUAUGUUGUGAUUUACAAGGUACAAAUUUAAUAUUUUGUAAAAUGUUUUGAAAGAAGUCGACAAAGUAACUCCCCUUUCUUGCCCCCAAAUGCGGAAGUCUGAGAGAAGAAGGCACAUGGCCUCAUGAGCUUCUGGGUGUUGUCAAACCCAAUUUUCUCCCAACUACCAAAUGCCCAGUUACAUUUACUGGGGAUGCAGGAGUCCCACUUAAGCAGUGGUUUUUGCCAAUAUAAAGAGAAACAUCUUGAUUAAAGUCUGAAGAGAUAGGAACCAUACUGAUUUGGGCAGUUUUGGCUCUAAUGUCUAAUUUGCUGUGAAAGGGGAACUCACUCUCAGUUAAUGUUCUUAAAAGCAACUUCUGAAUUUCUCCUGAAAACAUGUUGACUUUAUAAAAAAAGCUGUUUGAGGAAGAGCUGUUUUAUUGCAUGGCACAGAUUAGAUGUACAGAUGUUAUCUUAAAACUUAAUUAAGGAGUUCCCUUAGAAUUUGAAUAUUCAAUACCAGCUAUUAUUCACAUCAACAUUUUAAUAUUUUACCAUCUAGGUAUUUAAUAAAAAGGAUUGAUCCAUAUUUAGCUGUGUGAAGUGCUAGUUAAUUUGUUCAAAUGGCUAAGAGGGAAAGGUAAAUAACAUUCCCUGGUGCCUACUAUAUGCACAAGCUCUACUUGCAGUAUCUUGCUUAAUCUUUAUGAUGAUUCUGUGAGGUAGAUUUGAAUUCUCAUUUUACAAAUGAGGAAACUAAGGCACCUGAAGAUACAUAACUAAUAAAUGACAGAAUUGGGAUUUGAACCUACGACUGCCUCACUGCAAACCCUGUCUUGCAGAAAGUCUCCCCUCACGUUUCAUAAAAUGUUAACCUCAGCCCACAGUCGUAUCCCCAUCUUUGUUUAUGGGUUAUUGGAGAGGAGUGUAAAUUGGCCUGGCCUCUGUUCCACAGUGGGGAAAAUAUGGGUAGGAUUUGAAGGUGAGAAGAAUGGGUUGCUUACACAGUGUCUUAUCUGUGCUUCUGAGGGAAUUUCUCUUUCCCCCUCAUCAGCGGGGUAUGUGGGGGAGAACCCUCUGAAAUUGUGGACUCAGUCCUGAGGACUGAACUUUUUCUAUUAGUCACCUUCAAGCCAUGUGAUUUGUGACCAUUUAAAGGUUAGGCCAUUUAGGAGCCUUUGCGGAUCUUUUUAGAAAAGGAUAUAAUGGGGAGGGUUAGUCACGUGGGGGAGAUUAUAAUGUGCAAAGGCAGGGCCAGCAGCUGCUUUAUGACUAUCCAUAUAUUCAGAAGGUAAAUAGGGGAAAGGAUUAGUGAAUAUGAAAAUUAAUGACAGGAGCAGUUUGGUUCAGUUGUAAUCUAAGGAAAAAAAGCUGAGGGGUCUAAUCUAUAUAUUGCUCUAGAUCCAGUGAUUUAAUUUUCAGAAGGAAGGUCCAUGCAAGGAAAUGGCCUGGGGCCUGCUAAAAGUCAGGUUGCAAUUGACAUAGCAUUCAAGACAACCAGAGAAACAAAUAGGACUUUGGGAAGAACCUUCAAGUUUUCUCCCAUUCAUGUACUAGCCUUGGGGUGGGGGGUGGGGGGCUUAUACUUCUGGAAUUGGUUAGAAAUGUGCUAUAACUAUAAAAUACAUACUGGAUUUCAGACUUAAUAAAAAAUGUAAACUAGCACAUUAAUUUAUUUUCUGGUUACAUGUUGAAAUGACAACAUUUUGGAUACACUGGGUAAAAUAAAAUACUAA